GAUAGCCGAAAAUAUACUUACAUCUCUAGAUCGGCGUCGCAUUUGUUGUUCUACUUUAUUUAGUUGAUUCGGUUGGAAAACUAAGUUUAAAUCUCAGUUUUUAAACGAAAUCCAAGUAACAUAUAAACUAUAAACUGCACGUAUAUUGGCUAAGUGCCACAAACCCCGGUGGCCAAUCAUUAUUUUGCUUGCAAAAUAUAGAAAGAAAGGUCUUUGGCCAUGGCAACUGACACUGUGCCCAACACCGAAAACUUUAAUCUUGCCAAUGGGGAAGAGGAUGUUAUAUGCCCCACUUGCGAUGCAAAAAUUAAACGCAGUCAAGUAGCCGAUCAUUGCCAAAUUGAAAUGGAUCGAUUACACAGCAUGCAGCUGCGGUCCGCACAGACAGUGGCCGCGUUGGCUGCCACCACUAAUAACACAUCGCAAACACAAUCUUCUGCUGCCACUGCUGAGGGCGGCGGCCAGCGAAAGCCAUGGAGUGUAUUCCAGCGUGUGCAACGCAACCGGCAGGCCCGACAGCGACAAAGAACGCGCAAACGACCUACUCCACCACCAGCAACAGCGCAACCACCAGCAACAGCUGCUGCAGGUGCGGAUGCUGCUGGGCCAAGUCAAGCAACCGAAGCCACAUGCAGCUGUCCCGUCUGCAACAAAAGUUUCCCACAGACCGAUAUACAGGACCAUGUGAAUCAGUGUCUGCGUGCUGGAGGAAGGAACGGGGAUCGCCAUUCCAGCGAUGACGACGAUGACAGCGAAGAGUACGAGGAAUACGAGUGGGCGGGACAGAAGCGCAUUCGCGUGUCGACGCUCGUCCAGGGCGGCUAUGCAGCGCUGAACCUUGGACAGACCAUCAAAUACAAUGGUGACCAACAGACGAAUAACGAUGAUGAGGACGAUGUGAAUGUGGAUGAGGACGACACGCAUAUAUAUGGGCCGACGCAAUAUGGCGAAGCAGACGUCAUACCACUGGACAAUGACGAUGCAGAGGACGGCGGUGUCUCUGAGGCUGAUGUUACCAGUUAUGUGCGCCGUCUAAUAUCAUCCAAUGAAACGCCCAAGAGUAACAAUACCCACGAUGCGACUGAUCAGAUAAAUGAUGACGCGGCUAGCCAGGCCCCAUCCACAUCUGGACAACAGCCUGUGUCUGCAUCGGCAUCCACAUCACGUAGCAGCAACAGUAACAACACAUCGUCGCAGAUUAUCGAAUCCUUAAAGGCGCGCUUGCGUAUGUACGAGAAGCAGGCGCAAAGCAAACUCAAGUGCUUAAUCUGCAUUGAUGAUUACAAGAAUCCCGCCAUCUCAGUGUCCUGUUGGCAUGUCCACUGUGAGCAGUGCUGGCUACAGACGCUGGGUGCCCGUAAGCUUUGUCCGCAAUGCAAUUCCAUAACUACUCCAAAAGAUUUAAGACGCAUUUAUCUAUAAAAGGAAUUCUGGCCGUAAGUGGUUGGUCAGAAUCAACUGUUAUGAUUUAUGUUUGCAAAUAUAGCUAUUUACAGACUUAUUGAAAUUUAGUUAUAGAUUCAUAUUAUUUAUACAGAUUAUAACUGAACGCAGCUAUGAUUAUCAUACGUGACAUAACAAUAAGCAUUAUGUAACUAUUAAAUAAUAAAAAUAAACAAAUAAAUUAUUUUAUUUAA